AUCCUUAUCCCACCUCUCUGGCCGAGGCGCAUGCGCGGUCGGCCAGGCCCUGCUCUCCCUGCCUGAGCAGGUGCAGGGAUGGGCCCCGCUAUGGAGCGGAGGCAGCGAGGAUGCUGCGGAGCCCCAGCCUGGGGGUACCGUCGCCUGCUGCCCUUUCUCAGCGCCCUGCUCUGCGCUUGUGGAGACACUAGCGUCGGUCCGGUAGGGACGGGGAGCAGCGAGCUGCCAGCUAUGAGUUGGUUAAAAAGCUAUGGUUAUCUGCUUCCAUCUGAUACAAGAAUGUCUGCUCUGCUCUCAGGAAAAGUUAUGCAGUCCGCAGUCACCACUAUGCAGCAGUUUUACGGCAUCCCUGUAACAGGAGUGUUGGAUCAGACCACUAUUGAGUGGAUGAAAAAACCUCGCUGUGGUGUUCCUGAUCAUCCCCAUCUAAGCCAUAGACGAAGGAUUAAGCGAUAUGCACUUACUGGACAAAAAUGGAGGCAGAAGCAUAUUACCUACAGUGUACACAACUACACCCCCAAGGUUGGAGAACUUGAUACAAGGAAAGCCAUCCGACAAGCAUUUGAUGUUUGGCAGAGAGUGACUCCACUUACCUUUGAAGAAGUUCCUUACCAUGAAAUAAAAAGUGACAGAAAAGAGGCAGAUAUCAUGAUAUUUUUUGCUUCUGGUUUCCAUGGUGAUAGCUCUCCUUUUGAUGGGGAGGGUGGAUUUCUAGCUCAUGCUUAUUUUCCUGGACCAGGAAUAGGAGGUGAUACUCAUUUUGACUCGGAUGAGCCCUGGACACUGGGAAGUUCUAAUCAUGAUGGAAAUGAUCUUUUUCUGGUUGCAGUACAUGAAUUGGGUCAUGCAUUAGGCCUUGAGCAUUCCAAUGACCCUAGUGCUAUUAUGGCUCCUUUUUAUCAGUACAUGGAGACACACAACUUUAAGUUACCCCAAGAUGACCUUCAAGGAAUUCAGAAGAUCUAUGGUCCACCUGCUGAGCCGCUGGAACCCACCAGACCUUUACCAACCCUUCCUGUCCGCAGAAUCCAUUCAACUUCAGAAAGAAAACAUGACAGACACUCACGGCCUCCCAGGCCUCCUCUAGGGGACAGGCCUUCUGCUCCUGGCAGCAAACCCAACAUAUGUGACGGAAAUUUCAAUACUGUGGCUCUGUUCCGAGGAGAAAUGUUUGUUUUCAAGGACCGCUGGUUUUGGCGUCUUCGUAACAGUCGAGUACAAGAGGGUUAUCCCAUGCAAAUUGAGCAGUUCUGGAAAGGGCUCCCAGCAAAAAUUGAUGCUGCCUAUGAAAGAUCUGAUGGAAAAUUUGUUUUCUUUAAAGGAGAUAAGUACUGGGUUUUUAAGGAAGUGACAGCAGAACCAGGGUAUCCGCACAGCCUAGUGGAGUUGGGAAGCUGUCUUCCCCGGGAAGGGAUUGACACAGCUUUACGGUGGGAACCUGUAGGCAAAACAUACUUCUUCAAAGGAGAUAAAUACUGGAGAUAUAAUGAAGACAAGAGAGCAACAGAUCCAGGCUACCCCAAACCAAUCACUGUGUGGAAAGGGAUUCCACAAGCUCCACAAGGGGCUUUUGUCAGCAAAGAAGGCUUUUAUACUUACUUUUAUAAAGGUAAGGAAUACUGGAAGUUUGAUAACCAGAGGCUGACUGUGGAGCCGGGGUAUCCUAGGUCAAUUCUCAAAGACUGGAUGGGUUGCAACCAGAAGGAAGUUGAACGAAGCAAAGACCGACGCCUCUCUCAUGAUGAUGUUGAUAUUAUGGUAACUAUAAACGAUGUGCCUAGCACCGUUAACGCAAUUGCAGUUGUGAUCCCCUGCAUAUUAUCUCUGUGUAUCCUUGUCUUGGUAUACACAAUCUUCCAGUUCAAAAAUAAAGAGGUCCAGCAAAGUGUGACAUACUACAGAAGACCUGUCCAGGAAUGGGUAUGACAAGCUCAGUGGCUCAUUUGGUUCAUGAGAUGAGGAUGAUGGGCUGCAGACAUUAGAAGGCGGUUUGAUGGGUAGCCUGCCAAACAACUUCUUCAAGAGACAUGAGUCAGAGAAUUCUGGGACUGAAAACAAAAACAAAAAUCAACUAAACCCAGGUGGCCUUGCACUAUAGAGCCGCUUUCCUUCUGACUGCCUCAGUGCCGUGUGUCUCGGUAUGACAUAUUUGACCAACCCACUCAGUGAGUGUUGGGAGACCUCAAGAGAAGUUUGCUUCAACCUUUUUUCAAUUCACUUGAGCAAUCUUCUUCAGUGCCCUCUUUUAAACCCAGCAUUUGCCAGUGUAGCCAACCACCUAUUGAGUCUUUUUUUCUACACUUGCCUCAUAAAAAGAGACAGUUCUGUGGGUCACAAAAGGAACAUUUCAGUACCUUCUAAAGAGGACAUUCUGAGGCUUAGUCAUUCUGAAAGAUUUUAAUUUAUUACAGGAUCCAGGCAAUUACCUGAAUACCAUUUUUUCCAAUACCUGCUGGUCAGAUGUUUUGUACAUUCAUGGUAAUGUUUCCACUCUUCAGCAACAAACACAAAGAGCUCUUAAGAGGUAAUUUUGUGUAGACCACAACUUUAAACAGCUCUAAUGUCAUUUCAGAUCACCAAAACUAACAGAAAUGAAAUUUCUGAAUUCAACUAGUCUGCAAGACUAAAAAAUUGAAUUGACAAACACUAAUGAUGUGAAUGCAGAUCUUAAUGAUCUUGUUUUUAAUAACGUGUCAUGUAAUAAAUAUUUAAAUGUCAUAUUACCACAAUUUUAAGUUGGCAACAAUAAAUUGUUACCAUUAUAAGAUGAAA